CCCCUCUGCUGGGGUGGGGGUGGAUGCUGCCUGUCCUGAGGACCCACUCCCCCCAGGACGACUGCUCUCCACUGGUCCCCUGCUGGGGAGGGGCCCCUGUGAACCUCCCAGCCUUCCCUUUCCUGCCUGACUGGUCUGACUGCCCUGGCCACUGUGGCCGCACCCAGGAAGGCCCUCCUGGUCCCUGUCACAGGGUCACGGGUUCAGAGCCUCCGCCCCACACCCUUGCUGCCUUAGGGCCAUGUCUCAGCAUCCUUAGCACCUGUCAGUGCCGGGCGGUGCCUCAGCUCCCCGGAUCCUGGGCCGUGCGCGUCCCCGCCCCGCGGCCUCGCCCUGGCUGCUUGCGACAUCCAUGCUGUGCAGUGCCAGGUCUCCCCCCAUGGCCCCGCACCCACCCUCCUGCCUCAGGCAGAGGCGCCCGGCUCCUUACCCUCCAGCACCUGCUUCCUUCCUGCCAGGGCCUGCCUGCUGCCUGGAGUCCCUGCCCCAUCGUACACUCGUCUCUCUCCACACUGAACAUGCUGGCCAUCCGUGGCAGCAGUGGCCUCUCCGUGGCCAAGUCCGUGUCGUGCCAGAGGAUGUCGGCAUGGCCCUUGUGCUGACUUCCCGGCCCCUUCCUCUCCUGACACCCAUCCUCUCCCUCAGGGCGCCUGGGAGGCCCUUGUUCAUCCCCACCCCCUCCCUGGGAUGUGCCACCCUCCUCUGUGUGCUUACAACUCCCAGACUCCCUCCUGUGUCUGCCUGGGGGUGCAGCAGCCUCCAGGGCUCCCCCUAGAUGUCUCCUGGGCACAAGGAGGUUGCUGGGCGUCAGAGUGGUUCAAGGUCAAAGCCUGUCCCUGGCACUCAGCUGGGUAACUUAGGAACUUUAAAAUUUAUAUUUAUUGAAAAGCAGAAAGAUAGAAAGAGAUCUGGCAUCUGCUGGUUCACUCCCCAAAUGUCCACAGCGGCUGGGGUUGUGCCAGGCCAAAGCCUGAAGCCCAGAGUUCAAUCCAGGCCUCCCACAUGGUUGGCAGGGACCCAAGUCCUUGAGCCAUCACCUGCUGCCUCCCAGGGUAUGCAUUAGCAGGGAGCUGGAUCAGAAGCAGAGCCAGGACUUGAACCCAGGAACCCUGAUAGGGGAUGAGGGCGUCCCAAGUGGCAUCUUCACCCCUGUGCCAAACGCCUGCCCCACCUUGGGCACCUUUUAAACUUGUCUGUAUCUUGAUUUUUGUCUUCCGUAAGGUUCCCACUGGAUACACGUUUAAACGCUUUAAUGUUAUGGAUCCUAUCUGACCUCAGCAUCUUCAUCCAGGUCCCGUCUUAGGAACCUGCCCCUCGUCCAUGGCCUUGUCCUGGACGGCUUCCCCCCGGCCUCCCCACCUUCCAGGUGUCUCACUGGCCCACCAGCCCUCCACGUGCUCUCCCACCUAGGCCCUGCCCAGCUCGUCCCCAGGCUGAGUUACAGAAACAGAGGGAGAGACAGAGAGAGAAGUCUUCCUUCUGCUGGUUCACUCCCUAAUGGCCACAAUGGCCAGGGCUGAGCCAACCUGAAGCCAGGAGCCGGGAGCUUCCUUCAGGUUUCCACGUGGGUGCAGGGGUUGGGCCGUCCUCUGUGCUUUCCCCGGUGCGUUAGCGGGGAGCUGGGUCGGGAUGCGGUGAUGACUUUACCUGCUACGUCACAGCACCGCCCCCAGUCCACAGUUUCCCAACACCCGAGUCUGACCCUGCCCUCCCUUGCUCAGGGCCCUUCUGUGGCUCCCCCAGUACCUUCAGAACAAAGCCCCAACUCCUGUCUCCUGCAGGACACUUUACGUCCCAGCCACACCUCCCCCGUGACAGCCACAGGCUGGGGCAGGUGUUUUCUGAAGGCAGACACGCGCACGCACACCUCUCCCCAUCAUUCCCUUACACCGAUGCCCACAAUCAGACUCCCCUCCCCGCUGAUCCCUCACCUCCCCAGCGUUCCGACGCCGGGCGGGGGAGGGGCCCAGUGUGGCACCCCACCCCCCCAUUCCAGCGAGGGGCUCAGGUCUCCAACAACAGAACCAGAGCCACUCAGUAACGCUGGGGGGUCCGGGGUCCCUGGUCCCAAGCCGGGAGGGCUUCGGGGGAGGGGCGCAGGCCCUGGCAGACUUGCCGAGCGGCCCAGGAGGCUGAGGGGCGCCGUCAGGCCUGCGGGUGCCAGGGAGGUGGGACCUGGUCGCAGAGGAGGAAGCACCAGCGCAGUUCUCUUUACCCCGCUGGGAGGCCUCAGCGGCACAGCCCGUGGGGAGCGGCCCCCGGCAGGGCGACCUCCCACGGCAGGGGCACCAUGGCCACCAUCCAGUCGGAGACCGACUGUUAUGACAUCAUCGAGGUGCUGGGCAAAGGCACCUUCGGGGAGGUGGCCAAGGGCUGGCGGCGCAGCACGGGUGAGAUGGUGGCCAUCAAGAUCCUCAAGAAUGACGCCUGCCGCAACCGCAUCAUCAAGAACGAGCUGAAGCUGCUGCGCUGCAUGCGGGGCCUGGACCCCGAGGAGGCCCACGUCAUCCGCUUCCUUGAGUUCUUCCAUGACGCCCUCAAGUUCUACCUGGUCUUCGAGCUGCUGGAGCAGAACCUCUUUGAGUUCCAGAAGGAGAACAACUUCGCGCCCCUGCCCGCCCGCCACAUCCGCACGGUCACCCUGCAGGUGCUCCGGGCCCUGGCCCGGCUCAAGGAGCUGGCGAUCAUCCACGCCGACCUCAAGCCCGAGAACAUCAUGCUGGUGGACCAGACGCGCUGCCCCUUCAGGGUCAAGGUGAUCGACUUCGGCUCGGCCAGCAUCUUCAGCGAGGUGCGCUACGUGAAGGAGCCCUACAUCCAGUCGCGCUUCUACCGGGCCCCCGAGAUCCUGCUCGGGCUGCCCUUCUGCGAGAAGGUGGAUGUGUGGUCCCUGGGGUGCGUCAUGGCCGAGCUGCACCUGGGCUGGCCCCUGUACCCGGGCAACAACGAGUACGACCAGGUGCGCUACAUCUGUGAGACCCAGGGCCUGCCCAAGCCGCACCUGCUGCACGCCGCCCGCAAGGCCCACCACUUCUUCAAGCGCAGCGCCCACCCUGACGCCACCAACCCCUGGCAGCUCAAGUCCUCGGCUGACUACCUGGCCGAGACCAAGGUGCGCCCUCUGGAGCGCCGCAAGUACAUGCUCAAGUCCCUGGACCAGAUCGAGACGGUGAACGGCGGCGGGGCUGCCGGCCGGCUGAGCUUCCCGGACCGCGAGGCGCUGGCCGAGCUCGCCGACCUCAAGAGCAUGGUGGAGCUGAUCAAGCGCAUGCUGACGUGGGAGUCCCAUGAGCGCAUCAGCCCCAGCUCAGCCCUGCGCCACCCCUUCGUGUCCAUGCAGCAGCUGCGCAGCGCCCACGAGACCACCCGCUACUACCAGCUGUCACUGCGCAGCCGCCGCCUCUCCCUGCAGGGGGAGGGCAAGCCGCCCCCGCCGGUGGUGGCCGCUGCCGAGGAGGGGCCCCCCUACUACCGCCUGGCUGAGGAGGAGGAGGCCGUGGGCAUGGGCGGUGUGGCCAGCAGCGGGACCUUCUUCCGGGAGGAAAAGGCACCGGGCAUGCAGAGGGCCAUCGACCAGCUGGAUGACCUGAGUCUGCAGGAGGCGGGACGCGGGCUGUGGGGCGAGAGCCACGCCGACGUGGUCUCCGAUAUGCUGGCCCCACUCAAGGCCGCCACCGCCGGCUGCCACGUGCCCGACUCGGGCCCCGAGCCCAUCCUGGCUUUCUACGGCAGCCGCCUGGCAAGCCGCCACAAGGCCCGCAAGCCGCCCGUAGGCUCCAAGUCCGACUCCAGCUUCAGCAACCUCAUCCGCCUGAGCCAGGCCUCCCCCGAGGAGGACGGGCCCUGCCGGGGCAGUGGCUGGGAGGAGGGAGAGCACCAAGGGGCCUCGCUGGAGCCGCCCGCCAUCCUGCAGCGGGACGGGGACGGACCCAGCCUCAAGGACAUGACCGUGGACGCCGAGAGGUCAAGCCCUGAGCUCUUCGAUCCCGGCAGCUGUCCUGGAGAGUGGCUGAGUGAGACAGACUGGACGCUGGAAGGCAUCAGGGGACCACGGGCCCAGGGGCUGCCGCCCCGCCACAGCCACCAGCAUGGCCCGCCCCGGGCCACCAGUUUCCUGCAGCAUGUUGGCGGGCACCACUGAUGGGGACCCCCUGGCCCUGCCCCACACCGGGGGCUGCGCUAGCUGGGCUGGCCUCCCCUCUCCACCCAAACCGCACCCGAGAGCCUUCCCCUGAACUCACGAAUUAUUCUUACACAAAGAAAGUUUCCCAGAAUGUCCCUGUCGCCCCUGCCCACAGCGCAUACCUGCACACAACCCCCAAGCAUGGUGGGGGCCUUGGCGCCUGGCCCACGGCCCCCUCAGCCAGAGGGCUGGCAGGAAGGGGGCUGUACCCUGUUGGCCACGAGCCUGCCCCCAGCCGCCUCUGCCGAUUUCAAUAAAGAACUGUUCUGCA